AUGACUGUGGAUGUUAUGAGAUCAAUCAAGUCUAUCAAGGAGGAGUACUUUAGUAUCCUCCAUAACAUGAAGAUGGAACCACAUCUAAGAACCGACAAACCGAAAGCCCAAUCUGCCGCUGCUGGUGCUACUUCCUCCUCCAGAAAUUCACUAGGAUCGAACAGCCUAUUGGAUGAAAUCAUAGUGGGUCUUGAUCGUGAAGUUGAUCUCAUACGAGACAAACUUGCCGAAGAUACGAGCAAGCUGGAUAUCGUCUCUAUUGUUGGAAUGGGAGGAUUAGGUAAGACUACCCUUGCUACCAGAGUCUUCACUGAUAGUUUUGUUUGUUAUCAUUUCAGGAUACGUGGGUGGGUCACUGUUUCUCAAACAUAUGAGAAAACCUAUCUGUUAAAUCGAUUAUUGGUAUCUAUUGGAGUUAAAAUAGACCUUGAUAAAAGGCAUCUUUACUCUCAUCUUCGAGAAAAGUUGCACAAGUCUCUUAUGUGCCAAAGAUAUUUAGUUGUCAUUGACGAUAUCUGGAACACAGAGGCUUGGGAUGACCUGAAAGUUGUGUUUCCCAACCAUAAUAACGGAAGUCGACUUCUGCUCACCAGUCGCCACAAAAAAGUUGCUUUACAUGCAAACCCAUAUGGUUUCAUCCAUCAUUUAAGAUGUUUGACAGAUGAAGAAAGCUGGGAGUUGCUGCAUAAGAAGGUGUUCCAUGGCCACGAUUUCCCAGACUCGUUAACUGGACCUGGAAUGCAAAUUGCAAGAAACUGUCGUGGAUUGCCACUUGCUGUGGUUGUCAUAGCAGGAGUUCUAGCAAAAGAACCAGUAAUCAAAGAAUCAUGGGAAAGAAUUUCCCAGAGUGGCAGUUCAUUAAUCUUCAAAGGGCACAUGGAAACGCUGGCUUUGAGUUUGAACCAUCUACCUUCUCACUUGAGAAACUGCUUUCUUUAUCUAGGAGGCUUUCCAGAAGACUAUAGGUUUCAUGUAGCAAGGUUGAUUUGGUUAUGGAUUGCUGAAGGAUUUAUACAAGAAUUCGAAAACCAAAGCCUAGAGGAAACUGCAAAAGAUUACCUGAUGGAACUAGUCGACAGAAAUCUUGUAGGUGUUCAGGAUAGAAAGUUCGACCGUGCCAUCAAGACUUUCUCUGUCCAUGAUGUUUUAAGGGAGCUCAGCUCGGAAAUUGCAACAAAAGAAAGGUUUAACAUAGAAGUACUAAGAUGGGGAAAUCGUAUCAUUGCGCCAUAUAAGACAAGCCGCUUAUUCAUAUGCCCUACCACAGAGUACUUUUAUGAAAGUUACAUUGUUAGAAAAAACAACUGA